CGCAGCUCUGCAUGCACCAACAAAUCAAUUGAAUAAAGGCAAUCUUUUAACGACACAGACAACGAGGUAUCAAAUUCUUCUGAUACCGUAUCUGCCGAGAACUUGACCUCCUCACACCUCGAAUCUUCUUCACCUUUGCGAAGACCGCCUUUGUCCUUCUCCGAGACUUGAUUCCUGCGCAUUUCAAGCUACCAACAUGGCCAAUUAUCUCGCCUCCAUUUUCGGAACAGAGCAGGACAAGGUCAACUGUUCUUUCUACUACAAGAUCGGUGCUUGUCGACACGGAGAUCGGUGUUCCCGCAAACAUGUCAAGCCAUCAUACUCUCAAACCAUCUUAAUGCCUAACAUGUACCAGAACCCUGCCUACGAUCCUAAGAACAAGAUGAAUCCGAGCCAGUUGCAGAACCACUUCGAUGCAUUCUAUGAGGACGUCUGGUGUGAAAUGUGCAAGUACGGAGAGCUGGAGGAGCUGGUAGUAUGCGACAAUAAUAAUGAUCACCUCAUCGGAAACGUCUAUGCCCGAUUUAAAUAUGAGGAAGAUGCACAGACAGCUUGUGACACCCUAAAUUCCCGCUGGUACGCGGCACGCCCUAUAUAUUGCGAAUUAUCACCGGUGACGGACUUCCGAGAAGCGUGUUGCCGGCUGAAUAGUGGCGAAGGGUGUGUACGAGGAGGGUUUUGCAAUUUUAUCCAUCGGAAAGACCCGAGUGCAGAGCUUGAUCGGGAGCUGCGACUGAGCACGAAAAAGUGGCUAAAAGAACGCGGUAGGGAUGCGAGAAGUGUCAGUCGCAGUCCUAGCCCGGAACCAACAAGGCGGAGAUAUUAAAUGCAAAAAUUUGUUAUUUUGUGCAUGCUUUUACAACUUGCAAUUCGGCGUUGGGGAGAUAUGACCGAUUCGGUACUCGAUUCGAUUCCGUUUUCCAUUACGCGGUGGAAUUUGUUUUCUCUGUGAUUCGAUCUAUGUCUUUAUACCUUUUAUGAUAUCAGAGAGCUCUGUUAAUGGAGCUGUAAUCCAUUCAGCCCUCCUUUGCAUAUACUGGUCCAAC